UCAACCCCUAGAGCUACUCCUCAAAGAUACCAUUAGUGUAACACCACCAGCUGUCUUGCUCAGCAUGAAGAAAAUAUUUUUUCUCGCAAUUCUACUGUUCUCCUACUUUCAAAUGUCUCAGCAGAUUCAGAAAACUACUGGAAAUGGCAAAGAGACACUGUCCAAUCCCAGGCUCAUGCUUGUUCAGGGGACUUUGAAUGUCAUGAUGAACCAGAACGUCACCCUCUCUUGCCACUCAGAAUAUGGAUCUCCACCUGUCACAUACACGUUUUUUAAAGACAGUCAGAAGGUAACCACUUUGCAUAGGCCAGACUUGACCCCCGGUUUAUUUAACUUGACUAUCAAUGCUGCCAGUGACGUGGGUGAAUACAAAUGCAAAGCUGAGAAUAACAUCUCCAGUGGCAGAAAAUACAGCAACAGUCUCCACUUCACCCUUAUAGAGCCUAUUUCCAAACCAGUGCUGAGCUCACCCACCUCUCAAGCACAGAAAGGCCAGAAUGUGACCCUGUCUUGUCUCUCAGAGAAUGGCUCUCUUCCUAUCACAUACAUAUUCUUCAAAGGAAAACAAAGCAUCUCUCCCCCAGUGACGAUGCAGAAGAAGGAAGCAGCUGUGAUUUUUCUAUUUAUCAAUUCCUCUAGUGACUUUGGAACCUAUAAAUGCAAGGCUGAAAAUAGCUUUCGCAAUAAUACAAAAUACAGCAACAGUUUCAACUUUACAUUAACAGAAGAAAGAAUCCAUUCUCAAACCCUGAUCAUUUCUCUUGGGCUGAUCUUGCUACUGCUCGUAAUAGGAUUUGCUCUGGCAAUUCCAUUUUUCAUAAUUCCUUCAUAUAAAUCAUAUAAAGCAAAAAAAUUUAAGUCUCCUAGGUCCUCCACUGGCCUUACUUCAACAGUGAAUGCAGAAGAGUCUGAAAACUACGUCAUAUACACAGAGAUUGAGCCUGUUAAACAAGAAGAAGAAUAUGUCAACUGUUCUGUUAUUAGAAGAGAAGAUCAAAAAGAGAAGAGUGCAUGUGCUACAGUCUAUUCAAAGGUCUUCAGAGAUUGAGUAUAAGCUGGACCACUCCACUCUCUAGCGUGACAUCAGUUAUCAAGACCGUGAAGAGAACACUCAUCUCAUCAUACCUGCAAAGAAACAAGCACACCUAUUACUGCUUUUAGUGUAUGAAAAAUUCAGAUAAGUUAUGUACAAAUGACAGUAAGCUGUAUUUACUUUUUCUAUACUGCACUAAGACCACUGUUUUCUUGUUGACAUUCUUUGCUUUCCUGAUUUCUUUAUUUAGUUACUCUAGUACAUAAUGUUAUUUGGUGACCUAUUACAAGAGUAUUUUUGUAGAA